UGCCUCUAUAAAACCCAACCCUAACGACACUCGUAAUGGGCACAACAAGAAGAAGUGAGAGAGCUAAGUGAGCAAUAAACACACACACCACUCUCCCUCACCACUUCCAUCGGCCGUUGCCCUAGGCCACCUAGAUAAACAAAACACACCUUGUGUUUUUUUCAUCAUCAGCUUAGGGCACACCAAGCCAUGGACGUGAACGCCUCCGGCGGCCUUCCCGCCGCCGCCACCAUUACCGCCUCCUCAGCCGCCGUCACCGCCACCGCCACCGCCACCCUAUCCACCACCACCGCCAUGAAAGCCAUCCUCCUCGCCCUCCUCAUCUCCUUCAUCAGCCUCAUCAACCUCAGGAAACGUUCCUCCAAGCUGAAAUCCACCGGCAUUGCCAAGAACGCCGCCCUCCCCCUCCCGCCGAGCCCACCCUCGUGGCCGGUCAUCGGCAACCUCCCCGACAUCAUCCGCCGCAAGCCGGUGUUCCGAUGGGUCCACCACCUCAUGAAGGAGAUGAACACCGACAUCUGCCUCAUCCGCCUCGGCAACACCAACAUCAUCCCCGUCCUCGACCCCGCCAUCGCUAGGGAGAUGCUGAAGCGGCAGGACGCCAUCUUCGCCAACCGCCCUUACACCGUCGGCAGCCACGCCCUCAGCGGCGGGUACAUGACCACCGCCGUCGUCCCCUACAACGACCAGUGGAGAAAGAUGAGGAAGGUGCUGACCUCGGAGAUCAUCUGCCCGGCACGACACAAGUGGAUGCACGACAAGCGGGCCGAGGAGGCGGACAACCUCGUGUUCUACGUCCACAACCACAGCGGGCCGGGCAAGAGCGUGAACAUCCGGACCGCCACCCAGCACUACUGCGGGAACGUGAUAAGGAAGAUGAUGUUCAGCAGGAGGUUCUUCGGGGAGCCCACGCCCGACGGUGGGCCCGGGCCCAUGGAGGUGGAGCACGUCGCGGCGGUGUUCACGGCGCUGAAGUACCUCUACUCCUUCUGCAUCUCGGACUACCUGCCGUUCUUGAGAGGGAUGAACCUCGACGGGCAGGAGAAGAUCGUCAAGGACGCCAACAAGACCAUCAGGAAUUACCAGAACCCGAUCAUCGACGACAGGAUCAGGCAGUGGAAGAGCGGCGAGAGGAAGGAGAUGGAGGAUCUGACUGACGUGCUCAUUACCCUCAAGGACAGCGACGGCAAACCCUUGCUCAACGCCGACGAGAUCAAGAACCAGGCUGCGGAGAUCAUGAUUGCGACGGUGGACAACCCAUCAAACGCGGUGGAGUGGGCGAUGGCGGAGCUGAUCAACCAGCCGGAGCUCCUGGCGAAGGCGACGGAGGAGAUCGACCGGGUGGUGGGGAAAGAGAGGCUGGUGGAGGAGUCGGACAUCGGGAGCCUGAACUACGUGAAGGCGUGCGCGAGGGAGUCGUUCCGGCUGCACCCGAUGUCGCCGUUCAACGUGCCCCACGUGGCGACGCAGGACACGACCGUGGCGGGCUACUUCAUCCCGAAGGGGAGCCACGCGAUGCUGAGCCGGUACGGGCUGGGCCGGAACCCGAAGGCGUGGGCCGACCCGCUGAGGUACGACCCGGAGCGCCACCUCAAGGACGGCGUGGAGGUGGUGCUGACGGAGCACGACCUGAGGUUCAUCUCGUUCAGCACGGGGCGGCGCGGGUGCGUGGCGGCGCUGCUGGGGACGUGCAUGACGACAAUGCUGCUGGCCAGGCUGAUCCAGUGCUUCACGUGGUCGCCGCCGGGGAAUGCUAGAGGGAUCGACCUGACGGAGAAGGAGGACGAGCUCGUGCUGGUGUCGCCGCUCACCGCCACCGCUGUCCCGCGUUUGGCUCCACACCUGUAUCCCACCAUCACCAACUGAUCGAUGAAGAAAACGGUGGCGUUUUUGUUUUUUUGGGUGGUUUGGGAAGUUUGCAAUAUGUGUAUCUAAUUUCUACUGGGAGAGCUGCAUGCAAGACUCUCAAAAAAUAAUUGGCUACCGUGUGUGUGAGAGUUUAAUUGUUUAAGCUUUGUCUCAGUUAAAUAUAUGUUUUUAUGGGUUUUGUGUUUUUUACAUAUAAAAUAUAUGUACUGUGUGUUUCCCUUUAAUUUUCCUACACUAUUUUCUUCUUCUUUUUUGUAUUUCAGUUAAUUUUGUGUUAUUGUAGACGGCCGAUUUUCAUAAUGAAGAAAUGGACCGGGCUGGAUGUUUGUUCUAGUUUCUCUUUGGGACGACCUUAGAGCAGCUGGUGUAUUUAUAAUUUCAGACUACUAACUUAUUAUUAUAUGACAAUCAUACUAUUAUUUUC